CGGUAACUCCAGCCAGUCGCGGCGCAGCCUGCCGCCAACCGCGUCGCGCAAUCGAUACUCUAACCUACAAAUACACCACUCACCCAUCACAAAACAUUCAAUUAAACCAACCAAAUUAAGCCGAAAAACCGACAAACUGAAACUAAGAACUAGAAGUGAGCAGUUGUAACCGAUUCGCAGCGCUGAGAAGCAUCAUCAAAUAUGGCGCCCCAGCAAACACAUGAUCACCGAUGCCGUUAAAUAACCGAUUUGAGUUCACCCAGAGAAGAGAAUAAUCGUGUAGUUACCGAUUACCGUCGCUGCGAUGUGCGCGUGCGACGGCCAGAGCAGACCAGUGUGUGUGUGUAAUUAAGUGUUAGUGUGUGUGUGUGUGUGAUGACGUCACUGAAGCACGGGGUGAACCUGAGUCGGCGCGCGUGCAGGGUGCUGUGCGCGGCGCUGCUCGUGGUGUCAGUGAGUGCCGCCGCCGCCAACCCUGUCGAAACCACGAAACAAAGUCCGUCCAUAAGCAUAGAUGGGGCCCCGUCUACCUACCCCGGGCUGGGGUUCGGCCCCAUGGGUCCCGUGGCGCCGCUGCCCGGGGAGCCCCCGGGGCAGCAGCUGCACCAGCAACAAGACUCUACCACGGAAGUGCCCGCCAGCGAGGCUCCGAAGAAGGACCGCAAGAUCGUGAUAGCGGCCUUCGAGUUCCACAGAGUAGAAACGCCUUUUCUCAUUGGUCUGUGGAUCUUCUUCGCCAGCCUCGCUAAGAUUGGUUUCCACAUGACGCCGAAGCUCUCAAAGAUGUUUCCAGAAUCGUGUCUGCUGAUCUUCGUGGGCGUCCUGAUCGGGGCCCUGCUCCUGAGCACCCACACGGUGCACGUGCAGCCGCUGACCCCCGACACGUUCUUCCUCUACAUGCUGCCUCCCAUCAUCCUGGACGCCGGCUACUUCAUGCCCAACCGGCUGUUCUUCGACCAUCUCGGGACGAUAUUGUUGUUUGCUGUCGUUGGCACCGUGUUUAAUACGCUGACUAUUGGCGCAUCCCUCUGGGCGUGCGGGCAGACGGGCAUGUUCGGCUGCACGACCCCCCUCCUGGACAUGAUGCUGUUCUCGGCGCUGAUCUCCGCCGUGGACCCCGUGGCCGUGCUAGCCGUUUUUGAGGAGAUCCACGUGGAUGAAGUGCUGUACAUCGUGGUGUUUGGGGAGUCGCUGCUGAAUGACGCUGUUACUGUCGUGCUGUAUCAUAUGUUUGAGGCUUAUACUGAAAUGGGUCUCUCAAAACUCGAAUACACGGACUUCCUGGCCGGGCUAGCCUCGUUCCUCACCGUGGCGGUGGGUGGCACGUGCAUCGGCGUGGUGUGGGGGUUCGCCACCGGGCUGGUGACUCGCUUCACCGACGAGGUGCGGGUCAUCGAACCCAUCUUCAUCUUCGUCAUGGCGUACCUGGCGUAUCUGAAUGCGGAGAUGUUCCAUAUGAGCGGGAUUCUUGCAAUAACCUUCUGCGGCAUCACCAUGAAGAACUACGUCGAAGGCAACAUCUCGCACAAGUCACACACCACCAUCAAGUACACCAUGAAGAUGCUAUCCUCUUCGUCGGAGACCAUCAUCUUCAUGUUUCUGGGCGUAGCCACGGUCAACAACCACCACGACUGGAACACGUGGUUCGUCCUGCUGACGAUAUUGUUUUGUUCCGUGUUUAGGAUUAUAGGUGUAUAUAUAUUUACUGCUGUAGCCAAUAAAUUCCGAUUGCACAAACUAAAUAGGGUCGAAAAGUUUGUUAUGUCCUAUGGUGGUCUCCGCGGGGCAGUAGCGUUCGCGUUGGUGCUAUUGAUCGACCCUAAGAUCGUGAAGCUGCAGCCCAUGUUCGUGACCACCACCAUCGCCGUCAUCUACUUCACGGUGUUCAUCCAGGGCAUCACCAUCAAGCCGCUGGUCAAGAUGCUGAAUGUCAAGACGGCGGAGAAGAGGAAACCUACCAUGAACGAGAGGAUUCAUGAAAGGUUUAUGGACCAUUUAAUGGCAGGUAUAGAAGAUAUUUUAGGUAAGCACGGUAAUCACCACAUUCGGGAUAAGUUCAAGCGGUUUGAUAACCGCUUCAUAAGGCCCCUCUUACUACGAAAUUAUCAGGGUCAAGAGCCUAAAAUUUUAGAGACGUAUUCAAAAUUAGCGAUGCGAGAUGCCAUAGAGUACAUGCAGAGGAACGCGUCUACCAUCGGAAACAUAUCCGGUGCUGAGUCAAUGUCGGCCAUCUUUAAAAACUAUACCAACACUAAUUUCAAUGGCAGUCCUAGUUUCAGCCAGCUAGACUCGUCCACUUGGAACAUAGAUAUGCAGGAGUUGGAAUACAACCCGAGCAAGAAGGAUCUAACCGACGCCCGCAUACAUCACUUGCUUGCCGAGGAAUUGUGCAAGCCGUAUAGACGUCACCGGAGACUCAGCUACAGUCGGCACGCAGUGAAUGACAAAGACUUGGGCACUCAGCCUGUGAACUUUAAAACGCACAUGAAUAUCCGACGCCUGGUAGGUGAUAGGAAACACCAUCACAAGAGGAGCAAACGGGGUAACAAGGAUGGGAAAAACCAUGUUAGUUUCCCCGAAUUCCAGCAAAAUGGUUCGGCCAAACAGUUCACGCACGACUACAUAAACGAGGUGCUUCAGGAGGGGGAGGAACCGGAAGUGAGGCGCGAAGGUGAUGACGGCGGUAUUACUUUCACUGCCAAAACCCCACCCGGAUACAGGGAAGUGAGCCCGACGUCCUCACACAAAGAGAACAGUAGCUCGCUUAUAAACCAACUGGCGAACCUGCCUGGGUUUAACCCACUGAAGGCGAGGAUUGUGAAACAAUACGCGAAAACUCCUGAAGAGAUUCUUCCGACGGCGGUCGAGAAGUCGCUGCCGUGGCGGCGCGACCGGUCCACUUACAACUUCGUACCAAAUGAGGAUAUUUUAGAAGAGGACGAAAGGCGAAUGUCCGAGGAACAUGACUGUUACCUCACGAUGGCAGAACACGCCCGGGUUGCCACGCCCACGGCCACGGAGACCAUGCUGCCGUGGAAGCGCGAGGAGGCGGAGGGCGCGGGCUGCGCGCUCAAGCAGUCCGAGUUCCCUGCCUGGGCCUCCAACAAGGAGUACCUGGCAUAUAGCUCGCCCUCGGCCACCUUCCUUGGCGGUAUAGAAAAGCCAAAACAUCCGAAAUCUAUCAUAGGUCUAUUCCGAAGAGAGAGUUCUAGUUCCACGCAAGGGGCCCCGGAGGCGGUGGCGUCAGACAGCGAGGUGAAGGCAGAAGUGGGGACGAGCCGGGACUUCAAGAUGGACACGAGCUUCAGCCAGCCGCGGAGUCACCCGGGGCUGAUGUCGAAGAGGAGCACGAGUCUGGGGGGUCCUUCUAUCUUGCUGAUGGAAGAUGUGGCGCACUCGGACCCGCUAGGAGCGAGCAGCCGCCCCGCCAGCAUCAUGCAGGGGCCCCACCGCGGCCAGUGCCGGCGAGGAUCCAUGCUCGAGCUCACCGGCUCGCUCUCCCGGGACGCGAUCACAGAAGAGAAGUGCAGCAAGUCGCUGCCCGAGAGCGAGCGUAUGGGCGCGCGCCGCCCGCCCUUCGGCCAGCAGAGUCUCCCGCGAGAACCCUUCAUCCGUCAGCUCACCCUCGCCUCCUCGCUGCUCACCAGCUCCUCAUCCGAUGACUCCUCCGAUGACAACACCUGAGUGCCCCGACGUGGCGACCACGACCGGUUGCCACUACUCAAGUACAAAACGCUUGAGUAAAAAACUCUAGGACUGUGAUGUGUUGUGAGACGGUGGUAUUUAUUGCGAGUGAGUGAGGGGGAUGUUUGGAGGACUCAGAUGUUGAGUGCUUUUUUGACGUUUAAUAAACCGGCUUUAGACCUACUUACCUACUUCAAAAGAAAUGGAAGAGUAAUUUAAAGUUUUACAUUAUAAUUUUGUUUACUAGUUUCAGAAUUCGAUAUUCUAAACGAUAUUUUAGGAAACUACCCAAAAGACCUAUCAAUGAGUUUUUACAUUCGAAGCUACUUACAAGCUAAAAAAUAAUUGAAAUCUCCUUUGUUUUUAACACAGUUAUUUUGUAAGUAGGCUUUAUAUGUUAAAGACAUAUAUCUAAAUCAUCAUCAAAUUUAAUAAUGUUUAUGAUUGUUUCAAUAAAUUUUGAUUACGUAAGUACUUCAUUAAAAGCUAACUAACUGUAUGAAUCUAAUUGGUAGGUUUGUGAGGAAACUAAUACUUUGUUAUUCUUACUAAUUACUUAUCCAUAAUGCAUAGGUAAAACAACUUGUAAAUAAAGGUAAGAACUUGUGAAUGUAAAAAUGACUGUUAAAAGUUUUAAUCCGAAGAGUAUUUUUGUAUGCUCUCUGUAAAUGUAAUGUAAAAUUGUUACUGAUGGUUACCUACGUAUCUACACUACUUAGAGUAUUUUAAGGACAUUUAUUAAUUACUGAAUUAAUCUAAAUUAGCGGUCAGACCUACUGAAUUUAGGAUCAGCUAGAGGAAUCUUUAUCUAUUGAAAUGAGAAAUGAAAUCCGGGAAAUUUCCCAUAAAAUCUUGGAAAGAAUGCAUUGAUAAUAAUGUAAUAAGUACAUAGAUAUUUUCAAAACAAUUGCCAAUACGCAUGGAGUAGGUAUAUUAAGCCUGUUGACAUUUAAGCUGCUUGCGACUUAUAAAAAAACAUCAAAUGAUCAUUUGCAAUGGCCGAGACCACCAUUUUAUUCCGGACAUGCUCCUAGCUCAUUUGAUGCCUAAAUUGUUCAUCAUCAAGUUACGUUUUUUUUUUCGAAAUUGUAAGUCACUUUAUGAUUCGUAUGUCGGAUCCAUAAAAGUCCUUCUAAUCGUUAUACAGCUCCAUCCAUUGAACCUCACAAUAGCAAGUUUGCGAACUUGCUGUACCUAAGUAAACGGGCUGGCAUAGAACACCAUUGGUAGUAUAUAAUUUAUACUGAUAUUAAAUUUAGGAAAAUUAAAUGGGGGAACUUAGUAAUUUUUAUUGGUUUAAUCGCUUAUAAGGUUUAACCAAAAUGCGAAAGUGGAAUUUGUUACUAAGUAGGUAAUUAGAGCUUAGGAAACUGUUUGAAACUUACAAAUAUAAGUAGCUACGUUCGUAAGCGUUUAGUACAAUAAUAGAAUAGAGACUUAAAAUAAAACAAACUGUAAAAUUAUUUUGUUAUAAAGUACCCAAAUUAGUAAGUAACCUUCUUAAAAUCUAAGUAGGUCUGUAUGUCUUCAUCAUUCACUGUUCCGUAGAAAUGAAAGACCAUUUGAAUUUAGACUUUCAACAUUAUGAAACAAUAAGUAUUUUGUGAUGCGUAUAAGAAAUGCUUGAGAAAAUGUGUAAGACUGAUUGAUACUACGUGUGUGAAAGAUGCAUUUUAUGUAAGUACAACAUGCCAUUAAUAAUGUUGAUUCCAACUUUUGAAUAAAAUGCACACAUUUUAUUAGUAAGCAUUAAAGUAGUCAUUUUACGAUGUAAAGCAGUCAGCUAAGUAUAAAUCCUGAAGGCUCGAAUCUGAAUCCUACCUUAAUAUUUACGUAUGUACUUAUUUGAUUUAACUUUUUUCGUAUCUAUAUUUUUAUUUGGUUCCGCAAUGAGAGACAUGUAAGCUAAAGAGGCUCCUUAUUAUUAAAAUCUGAGCUAGUGGAACAAACAAAUUUACUUUAUAUUUUAUAUGCUUACCUAAAUUUUUUAACGAGCCGCUGUUGUUUCAACAAGGAUCACCUAUAAUGAUGAUAAGUAUGUGGAUAAUGAAUCGACAAUAUUUUGUAAGGGCAAUGAGAUCAUGAUCUAUGAUCAGUGAAUUAAUCUAAUUUAAGCUUGUUAUACUUACCUAGAAAAUGUACACUCCAGAAAAAAAUUAGAUGGUUUCAAAGUGGUGUUUAUGAUGGUUUUUCAAUUUCAUUUGUAGCCAAUAAAGAAAAACCCAACCUCAGAAAAAUAUUAACCUUACAGGACUAUACCCAAAUAGUAGGUACCUCUAAGAUCCCAUACGCACUAAAUACUUCAGUGCGUAUGCGCCUUGUCGCUGUUCGAAAUUUAAAAAUAAAAGUUUAAAAAAUACUUACAGACGAAUUGAAAACCUCCUCCUUUUUCCGAAGUUCGUUAAAAAGUAGCUAGCCGCCCCGGCGCGGUUAGCUGCUAGUGCGUAAGGACUCUAGAGUACUUUUUAUUAUUUACUUUUAGCCUAAAUGUUUUGUAGAUUUUUGUAAUGUAAGUAGUAAAGAAUUUACCUCAUUUACAAAGCAAAGUUUUCCUAUGAAACGCGGCGUGUCAAUUGAAUGAACAUUACAUAGUGCCUAGAAUCAACACAGCUCAUUGUUUGAUUGUUAAUAGGUAGGUACUAUUGUAACAUACUUAGAUGAAUAUACUGUUUUAUUUAUGUUCAUGUAAAAAAUAUUGAAUGAAAUAAACAUUACUUACUAA